AUGGGAUAUAUUGGUAGUACUUUUACAUGGUGGAAUGGUAGAGCAGAUGAGGCAAUUAUUUUUAAGAGAUUGGAUAGAGUACUUUGUAAUCAAAAGAUGAUGGAUAAAUAUCCUCAAAUGACUGUGACUCAUCUGAUUAAAAAGGGUUCAGAUCAUGCUCCUCUUGAGUUGAAAGUUUCUACAAUAAUGGCGUCACUUGAAGAGGUGAUUGUGGCUCAUAAGGCACAAUUUGAAGCUGAUCAUUCUACACAAAAUAGAGCUAUGCUACAUAAGGUGCAGGCAGAACUUAAUAGAUAUCUACAUUUAGAAGAGGAGUAUUGGAAACAGAAGGCUGGUUUGAAAUGGUUUGAAGAAGGAGAAAGGAGCACUAAGUUCUUUCAUUCUUAUGUGAAUGGCAGAAGGAAAAAGCUUAGAUUGACUUCUAUACAAAAUGAGAAUUGUGACUGGUUAACCUCAAAGCAAGACAUUGUAGAUGAAGCAGUGAGAUUCUACAGUAGACAGUUUUCUGCAGACAAAAUUCCUGAAGAUUUUGAUCCUUUGAUGCAUAUUCCUAACAUAAUUACUAGUGAACAUAACCAGAAAUUGAUGGAACUGCGAAGUGAAGAGAAAAUUAAAGCAACAAUAUUUGGGUUGAAUGGGGACAGUGCAAAUGGACCUGAUGGUUUCACAGCACUGUAUUUUCAAAACUACUGGGAUAUAGUGAAGGAUGAUACUAUAAAUAUGAAACAGAUCAUUUCAAGACUACUACAUGACAUAUUGGUUCAAGUUCUGCCUUUGUUGAUAUCUAAGAAUCAAGCUGGUUUUGUGAAGGGUAGCAUUGUGAAGAAUGUUUUAUUAACUCAAGAGAUUGUGAGAGACAUUGCCAGGAGAACUAAAUUAGCUAACAUGGUUGUUAAGCUGGAGAUGAUGAAAGCUUAUGAUAGAGUCUCAUGGUUGUUUCUAACAAAAGAGCGUAGAAGCUUUGGAUUCAGUGAGAUUAUUAUUGAUAUGGUGUUCAGAUUGGUAUCCAACAAUUGGUAUUCAGUACUGCUAAAUGGGAAAUCACAUGGGUUUUUCAAAUCUUCCAGAGUUGUUAAACAAAGAGACCCACUCUCCCCUACAUUGUUUUCACCAUCCAAUUUCACCAAGUUGUGCGAAGAAGAAGUCAAUAAAGUUGAUGAUGAAGACUGUCAAGGAAUAUAUGAAGACUGUUCUAGUCCGUUUGUUAAUUUGAACAAAAGUGCUUUCUAUGUUCAUCAUAAGGUUUCUUCUCAGAUGAUCAGAAGUAUUUUGGACACUACUAAUAUCAGAAAAGGCACUUUUACUUUUACUUAUCUUGGGUGCCCAAUAUACUAUGAGAGAAAUAAGAUUGCUUAUUAUGAUGGAAUUCUAAAGAAAAUUUGGAACAGGAUUCAAUCUUGGCAAGGGAAGUUAUUAUCUUAUGGUCAAAGAGCAGUAUUGAUUUCUAAUGUCCUGCAGAGUAUGCCAAUGCAUCUCUUAUCAUCAAUGAGCCCUCCCAUUGGUGUUAUUAGACUUAUUCAUAGAAUGCUUGCUAGAUUCUUUUUGAGUUACAACACAGAAACCAGAAGUUCUUUGUACUUUGUCGUGCCAGACAUUAGUACUGAAGAUGAGAUUGAGGUAAAACAAUUCAGCAAAAGAGGAGAAUGGGAUGUGCAGGCUUUGAAGGAUCUUUUUCCUGAGGAUACUAUUCAUGUUACACCUCCGAUGCCUAUGACAAGGAAAGCUUCAGCUAGCCAGAGGGGCAAAGCUAUAGCAGAUGAGGGUACCACUCGAGUACCACCAGUAGAUGUGGGCCAGCGUGAGUCGCAGAGCGAGGCCCCAUCUCAGACUGCGCCCGCUCUAGAGGAGCUCAGAAGGGCAGUAGCUACGGCACCCCCAGUUCCUCCACCUGAUACACUUGGCCAGGAGAUGCGAGAUGUUAUUCGACUAUUGACUCGAUUAGCGGCCGCUCAGGCCCAGCGUCAGGGCAUGAGUGUGGGUUAUGCUAAUAGGGUUGUUAGUGCCAUGGUUCGGUACUUUAUCAAUUUGGACCCUCCAGUAUUUUCAGGAUCGGAUCCAGUUGAGGACCCGUAG